AUGAAAGCUUUUUUAGGAAUUGAACUCACUAUUGAAACUUGCUCUCUUCAACGUUACGAACAGCUUUCUGUCUGUUGUAACCAUGCACGAGAAAAUGUUUGGAGGCAAGAAAAAACACUUCGGAAUGAUGUUAUGUUGGCACAUAUUUUUGCAGAAUAUCAAAUGCUGAUGAGUUUUAAGAAAAUUCUGUAG